UCUCCUGAGCAUCACGUCUGAAGGGAUGCUCAGUCUCAGAACCCCAAUGUGGCUCCCCCCCGACACUUGGGGUGAUGACAAAGCCAGAGACGAGCCCAAGGAAACAGCUCAUUGAUCUGUCUGGGAGGUGGUUGGCUUUUGAAAUCAGACAGGAAGGAAGGUUGAGGUGGAGGCCGUACAGGAAGAGGUGAGGAGCUGGAGCUGCACUGACAGCCGGGGUGUGAUGAGGGGGUAGAGGUGGCGAGUCUGUCACCCCCUGGCCCGAGAGCGGUCAUCCUGGUCAGGCACCUUGAUCCCUUCAGACAGGCUUCUCAGACCUGGGCACCGCCCAGAGCCUGGGAGCCCCCAUCUGCCGGAGCAGGGCCAAGCUCAGGAACGUGGACAUGAGUCCCCAGGCCCCCCAGUCUUCACAUCCUUGUAACAGCAUCAAGGCCACAGAGGUCACAAAUGACACCAAUGUGCAGAGUGGUGACACACCCCACCCAGGGUCACCGGGCGGUUCCUGGUCAUAAUCCGAGACUCCAUGAGGAAGCAGGAGAUGCGGUCAGGUGGGGAGGCCAACCAGAUCCAUGGUGCCAGCUCCCCGGCUGAGCAGGUCAAGGCCCUCGUGGACUUGCUGGCUGGGAAAGGGAGUCAGCUUGGUCAGAACCUGCCAGCCCCGGACAGGACGCCGGACUCCCCCCAGGCACCCCACAGCAAUGACUCUAGGAUACAGAGGCACCAGGAGGCUCUGCUGAGCAGGACAGGAAGCGGCCAGGAGCUGGGCGGCUCUUCACACCGGCUGGCUAGCCUCCUGCUGGUGGAUGGCCUGACAGACCUACAGCUAAGGGAACAUGACUUCACACAGGUAGAAGCCAUGCGUGGGGGCCGGCGCCCGGCCAGGACCAUCCCCCUUGACAGGCUCUUCCUGCCUCUGUCCCGAGUGUCCAUCCCACCCCGGAUCUCCAUCACUGUCGGCGUGGCUGGCAUGGGCAAGACCACCCUGGUGAGGCAUUUUGUGCGCCUCUGGGCCCGGGGACAGGUGGGCAAGGACUUCUCGCUGGUGCUGCCCCUGACCUUCCGGGACCUCAACACCCAUGAGAAGCUUUCUGCAGACAGACUCGUCUGCUCUGCCUUCCCAAACGCCGGGGAGGCUGGGCUGGCAGCCAUGGCCCCAGCCAGGGUCCUCUUGGUCCUGGAUGGCUUAGACGAGUGCAAGACACCCCUGGAUUUCUCCAACACCAUGGCCUGCACGGACCCAAAGAAGGACAUCCAAGUGGACCACCUGAUUACCAACAUCAUCCGAGGCAACCUUUUUCCAGAUGUUUCCGUGUGGAUCACCUCACGCCCUAGUGCAGCUGGGCAGAUCCCAGGAGGCCUCAUAGACAGGAUGACAGAGAUCCGGGGCUUUACCAGGGAAGAGAUCCAGGCGUGUCUGAAGCAGACCUUCCCCGAGGACCAGACCCUCCUGGGCCAGGUCCUGAGCCAGGUGCAGACGGACAGGGCCUUGUAUGUGAUGUGUACCGUCCCGGCAUUUUGCAAGCUCACUGGGGUGGCGCUGGGUCACGUGUACCGCAGCAGACUGGCACUCCACAACGUGGGGCUGGGGCCCCCGCAGACCUUGUGUGAACUCUACUCUUGGUACUUCAGGAUGGCUCUCGGCGGGGAGGGCCAGGAAAAGGGCAAGGGGAACCCACGGAUCGAGCAGGUAGCCCACAGUGCUCGCAAGGUGGUAGGGACCUUGGGUCGGCUGGCCUUCCAUGGGCUGCUCAAGAAGAAGUAUGUGUUUUAUGAGCAAGACAUGAAGGCAUUCGGUGUGGACCUCGCCCUGCUGCAGGGCACCCUGUGUGGCUGCUUCCUGCAGCAGGAGGAGACACUAACAUCCUCUGUGGCCUACUGUUUCAACCACUUGUCCCUGCAGGAGUUUGUGGCAGCUACCUAUUACUACAGUGCAUCCAAGAGGGCCAUCUUUGAUCUCUUCACCGAGAGUGGCAUGUCAUGGCCCAGGCUGGGUUUCCUGGCGCAUUUCAGGAGCGCAGCCCAGCGGGCUAUGCAGGCUGAGGAUGGAAGGCUGGACGUAUUCCUGCGCUUCCUCGCAGGCCUCUUGUCUCCACGGGUCAAUACCCUGCUGGCCAGCUCUCUGCUGCUGGCCCAAGGCGAGCACCAGGCCUACCACGCCCAGGUGGCCGAGCUCCUACAGGGGUGCCUGCACCCCAACACUGCAGUCUGUGCUCGCUCAGUCAAUAUCCUGCAUUGCCUGCAUGAGCUGCAACACACAGAGCUGGCCCGCAGCGUGGAAGAGGCCUUGCAGAACGGGGCCCUGGCCAAGCUGACUGGCCCCAAACACUGGGCUGCCUUGGCCUACCUCUUGCAAGUGUCGGACACCUGUUCCCGAGAGAUUAACCUGUCCCUGUGCCUGGGACAGGGAGUUUUCCAGAGUCUGCUGCCCCAGCUUCUCUACUGCCAGAGCCUCAGGCUGGACAAUAACCAGUUCCAGGACCCCAUGAUGGAGUUGCUGGGCAGCGUGCUGAGUGGGAAAGACUGUCGCAUUCAGAAGAUCAGCCUAGCUGAGAACCAGAUCAGUAACAAAGGGGCCAAAGCUCUGGCCAGAUCUCUGCUGGUCAACAGAAGCCUGACUGCUUUGGACCUUCGCAGCAACGCCAUCGGACCACAGGGGGCCAAGGCGCUGGCCGACGCGCUGAGGAUUAACCGCACCCUAGCCUCUCUGAGCCUCCAGAGCAACGGGAUCAGGGAUGAAGGUGCCAAGUGCAUGGCUGAGGCCCUGGCCUCCAACCAGACCCUCUGUGUGCUACAUCUACAGAAGAACAGCAUUGGGCUCGUGGGAGCCCAACGGAUGGCAGAUGCCUUGAAGCAGAACAGGACUCUGAAGGAGCUCAUGCUGUCCAGUAACAGCAUUGGUGAUGGAGGUGGAAAAACCCUGGCUCAGGCGCUAAAGAUGAACCAGGUCCUGCAGAGCUUGGACCUGCAGAGUAAUUCCAUUAGUGACACGGGAGUGGCAGCGCUGAUGGGGGCCCUCUGCACCAACCAGACCCUACUCAGCCUCAACCUUCGAGAAAACUCCAUCAGCCUCGAGGGAGCCCAGACCCUGGCUCGUAUGCUCCGCAUGAACAGCACCCUGCAGCACCUGGAAUGUGGGCCAGAUACUAACAUCGGCACAGGAUGGGGAGCAGCUGGGCUCCCACUCACUCGCUCCUACUCCUCACCUCUCAGCCUGGCAGCCAACCUCCUCCACGAUGAGGGCGCACAGGCCAUCGGAGUGGCAGUAGGGGAAAACCACGCCCUCACAUCCCUCCAUCUGCAGUGGAACUUCAUCCAGGCCGGUGCGGCCAGGGCACUGGGACAAGCUCUCCAGCUCAACGGGAGCCUGAGAAGCUUAGACUUACAGGAGAAUGACAUUGGGGAUGAAGGCGCAUCUGCAGUGGCCAACGCACUCAAGGUGAACACAACCCUCACUGCCCUCUACCUCCAGAUGGCCUCCAUUGGCACCCCAGGGGCCCAGGCACUGGGGGAGGCCCUGGCUGUGAACAGGACAUUGGAGAUACUUGACUUACGAGGAAAUGCCAUCGGGAUGGCUGGAGCCAAGGCCCUGGCAAAUGCUCUGAAGAUAAACUCCAGUCUCCGAAGACUCAAUCUCCAGGAGAACUACUUGGGGAUGGAUGGAGCGAUUUAUGUGGCCACUGCACUGGCUGAGAACCACGGGCUGCAGCAAAUCAAAAUCGGGUGCCAGGAUGAUCUCAGAUGCUAUCAAGGCAAAUGCUCCCAUGUGCACUGUGGAAAUGUGAGGAAAAUUAGCUCCUUUGUGGACCAACCAGAAAGGGUAAUUUCCAAUCCUAGGCACCAUCUCGUGCUUCAAGGAUGCUGCUGCCCGGCACAAAAGAAGUUCUGCCCGGAGAAAGGCAAGGCACGACCAAAGGCAGUCGCAGGCACCUCUCCUGCCCAGGGCCAGUCCAGGCAGGGUAGAGGAACACUGUUAUGGCAGAGAAGGAAAGAGGCUGCCACCACGAGACUCAGUCUAAGCUUGAAAGCUCAGUAUCGCCAGAAGAUGUUCCAGCUUAUUUAUAUCUGAGGACUUCAUGAGCCCCAACUUAAAAACAAUGAUGAUUUCUUCCCUUAUUCACUCAUGUAGAAGUUCUGAAAUGAG